AUGAAGUUGUUUGCAAAAAAGGGAGAGCAACAGCGUGCAGUAACAGUAUUUAUUAAAGAAGCUGCUACCACGUCACGUGCACGCGAAUUUCUGCAAAAGUGUACCGAAUCGGAAACUUGGGAAACACGUCUACCGUCGAAGUAUACCAAAUAUAAAAAUAUUAAUGGGAGUAAUGAUUGCAACACCAAAGGCUUCUUAAGAAUCAAUUUGGCUUCAGAUGGACCGUCUAAAGUUGCAGUUAAACAGAAACUUACCCAUGCAGUGGCCAACGGUGACAUUAUGAAUGCUAACGAUAGAUGUACUUUAGGAGACAUUUCACGUGCAACACAAACGGUCAGUAAGCCAUCUGGUGUUGUUAUCAGCUUCAAUGAGUUAAAUUCGGUAUCAUCAAUUGAAAAUGGCUGCGUGAAUACGAACAAAAUAGCAUACAUUGAUGAGGAUGAGCGUGCAAGCGGUCUGUGUCGCUCUUCAAAUAUGUAUAUUGGGGAGGAUCAAAGUGGGCACGUGAAAAGUAACGGUUUCAAGAAUGUUUAUACACAAGGCAAUUCAGUUCAAGAGAUUCGAGCGCUAAACGACAGCGAUGACGAUGAAGUGAUAGUUAACAUCAUGUCUAAAGUUUCAAAAGAAUGCGAAAUUAUCUCAACUGCUGAAGCAAACGUUGCAGAUAAUAGGAUUCAGAAGAGCGCUGAGGCCAGUGUAGUUGCUAGUGCUCAAGGGAAGCAUGAUGAUAACCCAUUUACCUAUUCAGCGGGACAGUUACGCUUACAUGGAAAUCGAGUUGGUACGUACGAUAUGCAGAAAUCGCGUACAUUGGGAGUAAAAAGGGAUAUCUUGGCGGCUGAUGGUGAGUGUGAUUUCACCUGCAACGGAUAUGUCGGUCCAACUUUCU